AUGGCUCUAAUUGGGCAAGUAGAACCCUUUGAUGAGUCUGCGUCAGAUUGGCCUUCCUAUGAAGAGCGACUGAAGUCGUUUUUGCGCGUUAAUCGCAUCCCAGAGAGCGAUCGCGUCGAUGCUUUUGUGAGCAUAGUAGGAGGCAAGACAUUCAAGCUUUUGAAAAAUUUGGCGUCUCCUGAAUUGCCUGCAACAAAGUCGCCAGACGACCUGUUAAAGUUGCUUCGCGAUCAUCUUUCGCCGACACCAUCCGUAAUUGCAGAACGUGCAAAGUUUCACAGCAGAGCUCAGCAUGACAGCGAGCCCAUUGCGGACUUCGUAGCCGAACUCAAGAGAUUGGCAGAGACAUGUAAUUUCGGAACUGUUCUCGAUGAGAUGCUGAGAGACAGAUUUGUAACAGGCCUUUUACGACUCGACAUUCAGAAGUCGUUGUUCACGGAACCUGAAACGAUUUCGUUUAAAAAGGCGGUUGAGAAGGCGAUGUCGUUGGAAAGAGCUACAAGGAAUGCGGCAGAAUGUCACUCAAAGAAAUGUGAUGUGAAGUAUCAACCUGAUAGCACCCUUCAGAACAUCAGUGUUGAGAAGAAAGUUUUUGAAGCGAAAUGUCAUCGGUGCGGGUCCGAUAAGCACCCCUCCAAGAAAUGUCCUUUCCAGAGCGCGACUUGCUUCAAGUGCAAAAGGACAGGGCACAUAGCUUCGGUUUGCCAGUCGGGCAGGAAGUCGGACAUGAACUCGAGAUUGAAAGGGCGAGCGAGGCGUACGUUGCAACGCAUGGCGUCAGAACAACACUCGAGUGAGGUGUUGAAAACGCUCGGUACUCGAGUUGGUGAACGUCCCAUCAUUUUCACUAUGGUAGUCGAAAACAUUCCAUUACGCAUGGAACUAGAUACGGGAGCAGCCAUGUCGGUAAUCUCGUUGAAUGACUAUAGGUCAUUAUUUUCAAGUAAGGCACUACUGCCUACGUCACUGACUCUAAGGACGUACACAGGAGAAGCGGUAAAGCCUUGCGGAGUCGUGAAAGUUAAAGUUAGUCACAAUGGUUGUGAAGACGACCUUUCUUUGUACGUAUUGAAACAAAAUGGCCCAAGCAGCACAAAGGACUGGGAUUCGGCUGGGAACGUAACGGGGAUGAUGGGUUCGAGGUGGCCGAUAUCGCCGUCACGAGCCCGACUGCUUCCCGACUAUGUGAGGGGGAAGAAUUGAGGGAGAGGGAAACUACAUAAAAUUAUUUCCCGAUAGAUCCCCGUUCGUGUCCCGGUCAGAAUUCUUUCCCGAUAGAUUCCCGUUUGCGUCCCGGCCAGGAUUCUUUCCCGAUGGAUCCCCGUUAACGUCCCGAUCUGCUGUGGUGUACUGGCUAAGUAUUUCUUCCCGCUCGUCUCCCGAUGUUUAUGCAGAUUCGGUAACACGUGAUCGGAUGGUACAGCUCGAGACAAAGUUUCUGAAACACGGGUUUUCUGUAUUGGACUUUUCCCAGCCACCUUUGGGAAAUGCUUGUUGAGCAGAAUCCUUGGGGAUUCUGUUCAACAAGUGUUCCCCUUAGGCCGCAGGGGAGGCGUAGAGAAGUGAAAUACAAAACACCCGUGUUUCAGAAACUUUUGUCCCAAGCUGUACGAGACAGUGAAGCAUCCCUUCAGGAAGGAAUUUGGCUGUCUGGUAUGAGGUAACUCUUUCAAACAUUGGGCUGCAGUUCACUUCAUGUGUUGUGUUGUGUUGUGUUGUAUGACGGAAAACAUGCACACGCAGCACCCUGAACAGAAGUAUUAAUGGAGCCUCACUGCAAAGCACGCAAGUACAAGAUACUCGGGAAGAGUCGGCCACGCCCGAACGAAACGACCGAAUCUCCCGAAUCGAAAAACUCACGUGAAACGAAACGAAGAGAGCUUUAGCAAGUCGAACUGAUCGGACGAAAACCGCUGCACCGAAACCCGCAAAGACUACGCUGGAGCUCCCUGCAUUUGGGCUACCGCGACUGCCAUCGCCAUCAUCUUUGUUUUGGUUGUCAUUGCUGGGUGCAAAUGGCCGGCGUGUGUGUUCUUAAUGUUUCUGAGCAACAAGUUUUGCAAAGUUUGGUUCGGAGGGAGUAUGGAACGCCGUUUUGUGGUCAACGUGGCCAGAGUGCCUCAAAAGUACUCCUGCCGCAUUCUGGUCACUGUUAUAAAUGUGAAUCCCUGCCACCAUCAGCAGCUUUUAAGUAGAUUCAUGGCACAUGAGGAACCUGCGAUGUACACCAUCGCACACAGUCAAGAAAAAUGUAGCAUUUAACCUUGCUUUCCUUCAUUAUAACAAACAAAAAAAAAGAAAGAAAGAAAGAACACUAGAGAAAGGGUCGGCAAAACAGUGAGUGUUUUGUUGUUUUUGAUUCUAUUGAUCUCUCACUGUCAGGUUGCACUGCCGAUCUGUUCACAAUCAUAACUAACUAAUACCUUAGCUUUGGCCAAUCUCAUGUUGCAAUUUUGCUUCAAACACAACAUUCAGGGAUUCUUAUGAAAACAGCAGCAUUUCUGAAAGAUCCUGGAACGGCCACAAUCUCAAGAGGUAGUACGAUUCUACCCGUCGUCAUAUUUCGUCCGCCAAGCCAUUGCGCGGAGAUGUUGGCUCCAUGCCCAUUUCAACACAGGCUCACCCGCGCUCGCUCGCGCGUCGUCGCUUGUCUUCCAUGCCACCAGCCAGCGCUGCGCGCUGCCUGUCGCGCAUGCGCUGUUCUUGUUGGCUUCGCUUUGGCUGCUGUAACGGUCGUUUCUCGUCGCCGCGUGUAGUUCGCGUAAUUGCGAGCGUUCCAGCAAGUCUAAAGCGUUUUAGAGGCUUUGUAUUGUUGUUCUCACCUGGUGCUGUCGUUCUUGCAACCCGUCUGAUAUUGCAACUGUCUGUAAGUGGAAGCGUUUCUUCUAACCGCGAGCAAACCAGUCGGUCUCGUUUGACAUGUCAAAGAGUGAAGACGCUACCUUGCAUGUGAAGCCAAAUCGUUCUUCGCCUUCAGGAUUAUUGCCGUUUCAGGGAUCUGCGCAACGACAGGGAGAUAGAACGCCAAGUGAAGUCGACUGUGUACUUUGUGCAGACGGUUCAGCGUGUAUGACGCAGCGGCCUUCAGCAAGAGAAACUCAAGCACCGUGUUCAAAUGCAGUGGGGACUCUUGCUGGCCAUGACAACGCUUAGAAGUGCUUUUUCGGAAGAAGGACAAGUUGGACCGGAAAUGAGGACCUAGGUGUGCUCUUUUGCGCUGUUGUUCACCGUUCGAUCAUUACCAGUUUUUGUGCCCCCGUGAGUUCAACGCUUAGGUAUGUUGAUGAUAAAUGGAUAUGCGUUAAAAGGUACGUACUCCGGAGUGGUGAAUUGUUCUGGUGAAGUGAUUCGUUGCUGCUAUCUCCUGUUUCGUGAGGGUUCUUGUCGGUACUCAUAUACCGCAGGCAUGAGGGGCUUUCUUUGCAGAACAUUUCAGUAAACCAAGACUGCAGCAUUUUCAAGAUUGCCAUAACCAGCAUCAAUGCAGCUCUCAUGUCAACAUCAGCAUCAAGACAGCUCUGAUGUGAGCAUCAGCCAGCGCAGCUCUGAUGUUAACAUCAUCAGAGCAGCUGUGAUGUUAACAUCAGACCUGAUGUCGCUUUUUUUUUCAAUAGGGAUGCUUCUCCUUGACCAUGUUUUUUUUUUUGCUUAUUGACGUUUUUGUGAAGGAACGCUGAAUAUGCGCACACCAUUGACUGUCAGCUCUAGUCCCGGUCAGCUGUCAUUUUUUACAGUUUUCGUUGUAGUAAUUGCUAGUCAUUUGCACCAAAGGCGCUGGAUGUGAACUAUUUUCUCUUUCCUGGACUUGCAUUUCUCCCAGUCGUUGGCUUUGUCAUUUUUUCAUAAUUUAAAUUUUCUCUUGGUAACUCUUGAGUUUCGUAAUCCCUACGCUGUGCAUUUUACCAUUUUUGAUAAAGCUCAUUCCACGUACCGUGCACAUACUAUUUUGUGCUGAAGUGCAGCAAUUGUUUCGUUACGUCUAAUGUUACAUGCCAUUCAUUUUUGUGUCUGGGCAGUACUGAAGCGUGAGCAGAUAGGCAGACUGCCUAUUACUGCAUAACUUCGUUUUCUUUGAGGCACCACCACUUGGACAGGCAGACCGCCUCUUGCUGUAUACUUUUUCUUUCUUUUGAGACACUGUUGACGUGCGAGUGGUUACGCAGGCAGGCUGCAUAUUACUGUAUACCAUUUCCCACCAUGCAGCAAUUUUACCGUUACGUCUAAUACUAAUGCUACAAGCCGUUCAUUUCUUCCAGGGCCAUUGCCGAAGUGCAAGUGGUUAGGCAGACUGCCUACUACUGCAUACCUUUUUUGUUUCCUUUCAGAGACCACCUCUUACUGUGUACGUUCCCCCCCCCUUUUGAGACACCAUUGAAGGGCCAGUGGUUACGCAGGCAGGCUGGAUAUUACGGUAGACCAUUUCCACCCUUUUCUUUUCAGGCUACAUUGGCAAUGACAGUAGUUAUGCGGACAUGCUGCAUAUUUCUGUAUACCCCUCUUUUUUUGUUUUUCAUUUCAGACACAAUUGGCAUGCAUUGGAUGAUGCAGGCAGACUGCUUAGUGUACACCACUCGUCGUUUAGUCUAUUGAGGUGCUCCAAGUGUUGUGUCAGUCUAUUUCCUCUCCGAAAAUAAAAUGUUGGGCUCUACACACACUGUUUACACUCAAAAUUAUUGUAAUUAUUAAAAAUAAGCAUAUUAAUGCCAAAAUAUGCAUGGGGGGGGGGUAAAUAUGCAUGGGGGGAGCCCCUGCCAGCAUUAUCGGGGAUCCGCCGGGGACCUGCUGGGACCGAAUACUUGCUGCCGAUGUCGGUCCUUAAUCAUCCCGGUGUUGCAAACUGGAGGAAGGACCGGUAUCGGCUGGUGGCAUGCCCCCGACUUUGUAGGAUUCUUUCCCGAUGCUGGACCGGCUUCGCCCCGGUCCUUUGUGCUGCUUGGGGGUACUCCUCUCAUCGGAAGAGAAUGGUUGCGAAGUAUUCAGCUGGACUGGCAAAGUUUGAACACCGUCCGUGUUGGUGGGAAAGAAAGCGUCGUUCAUUUACUGGACAAGUUUGAAGACGUUUUUUCGAAGGCACUGGGCCAAAUUUCGGACGUAGAGGCUACACUGGUCCUCAAGGAGGGAGCAACCCCACGUUUCGUCAAAGCACGUAGCCUUCCGUUGGCAUUAAGGCCAGCAGUUGAACAAGAAAUUGGCAAGCUGGUAGAAAUGGGUGUAUGGACACCAGUUACCAACAGUGAGUACGCCACUCCCAUUGUUCCUGUUGUAAAAAAAGACUGAUCAGUACGCCUGUGUGGCGACUACAAAGUCACGUUGAAUCCAUACCUGAGUGUGGAAAACUACCCGUUACCAAAGGUAGACGAAAUGCUCAGUGCUCUGGCUGGAGGAAAACUGUUUUCUAAGAUUGACUUAAGCCGAGCGUACCUACAGGUACUGAUGAGCGCAGCGUCCAGGAAGUAUUUAACCGUGAAUACGCACAAAGGACUGUUUGAAGUCAAUCGCCUGCCGUUCGGAGUUGCUUCGGCCCCGGCGUUAUUUCAACGCAUCAUGGACACCAUGUUGAAAGGCUUAGAUGGAGUGGUUUGCUACCUAGAUGAUAUUCUGGUAACCGGACGGACAGAAGCCGAACACAUGGAGAAUUUAGAAAGCGUGUUGAAAUGUUUGAGCUCAAGAGGAGUGCGUGUCAAGAAAGAGAAGUGCGAAUUUUUGAAGUCAGAACUGCAGUUCCUAGGACAUGUAAUCGGGAUGAAUGGCAUUUCCACGGCACCAGAGAAGGUGCAAGCGAUUCUUGAAGCGCCAGCUCCCAGUGACAGGAAGCAACUUCGCUCAUUUUUGGGCAUGGUCACCUACUAUGCCAAGUUCCUGUCUAAGCUGUCUUCGAUUGCGUACCCAUUAAAUCGACUUCUCAGCGAGAAAGUAAAGUGGACGUGGUCAUCAGAAUCUCAACGCGCAUUCGAGGCCCUCAAGAAGGCUAUGGCAUCUGCGCCGGUGCUUCAGCACUACGAUCCUAGUUUGCCGCUUCAAGUGUCUGCUGACGCCUCACCGUACGGCGUUGGAGCAGUAUUAGCGCACGUGGAUAGUGAUGGGACUGCGAAGCCAAUAGCGUAUGCUUCAAGAACUCUGACAGAAAGCGAGAAGAACUAUAGCCAAAUUGAGCGCGAAGCGUUGGCUUUAGUCUUUGCAGUGAAGCGUUUUCACUGCUACAUUUACGGGAGAAGCUUUUGUCUGGACACGGACCAUAAACCACUAGUGACGAUCUUUGGUCCAAAGACAGGGAUUCCGCCCAUUGCAGCGGCGCGUCUACAGAGGUGGGCAAUAACGUUAUCUGCCUACACUUACACGCUCAGCUACCGAGCAGGAGAGCAGAACUACGAAGCAGACUGUCUGUCCCGCCUUCCAGUGAAGAAUGAUGGAAGCAAGGUGACGGAUGUUGUGAGCGAAUUUUAUUCCAUUCGCUUGGAUACUUUUCCCGUACAGAGCUCAGAUAUAGCUCGAGAGACAGCUCGUGACGACGUAUUAGCACGGGUUACACACUACGUCCUGAAAGGUUGGCCACGCAAGGCCACUGAUGAUGACCUCAAACCAUACUACGUGAGGAAGCUGGAGCUGACAUACUUCAGGGGUUGUCUUAUGUGGGGGAUACGAGUAGUGGUUCCUCACAAACUGAAGAAGGAAGUACUCCAGGAAAUACACGAAGGGCAUCCUGGCGUAGUUCGAAUGAAAGAGACAGCACGAAGUUAUGUAUGGUGGCCAUCGGUAGACUGCGAUAUCGAAGACUUGGUAUCUUCUUGUGAAGACUGCCAACAACAACGGAGCGUCAGCACCGUCGCGCCACUGCACCCCUGGGCUUGGCCGACGAAGCCGUGGCAACGCAUCCACCUAGAUUUUCUGGGGCCAUUUCAAAGAACUAACUACCUGGUUGCGGUAGAUGCCCAUUCGAAGUGGCCCGAAGUGUUCGAGAUGAAGUCCACAACUUCAGAGGCGACAAUACGAAACGUGCGUGAACUGUUCGCAAGAUUCGGGAUGCCAGAAACGAUAGUCACGGAUAAUGGCCCCCAGUUUUGCUCCCGAGAGUUUGAGGCAUUCCUCAAAAUGAAUGGGGUGAAGCACGUCAGGUGUGCUCCUUAUCAUCCGUCGAGCAACGGUUUGGCGGAGAGGUUUGUGCGCACUGUAAAGGAAGCGUUGCGCAAAGACAUGCAUCGACCGGCCGACAUUCGACUGGCUAGUUUCCUACUAAGCUACAGGAACACAGCACACGCCACGACGCAGCAGUCACCUGCGCAGCUUUUGUUGAACAGAAAUCUUCGAACGCGGCUAGAUUGCCUCAAACCGUCAACUGAAGACGUCGUCCGACGAAAGCAAUUCACGCAAAUGCUGGGAAGACGUUCACAGGAACGUUUCUUUGUAACUGGAGAGCAUGUAUAUGUAAGGAAUUUCCGGAAUGGACCACGUUGGUUACCAGCAACUGUGCUGGAGAAGACAGGACCUGUUACAUACCGCGUACACAUCAGUACAGAUAGGGGACCAUUCGUCUGGAAGAGACACCAGGAUCACCUGCGACGCAGAACUUUGACGGUCAGCGGGGGUGUGUCAGUGUCAUCAGUCCCGGAGCUUUUGACAUCGGAGAAUGACGCACAGGAAUGUACUUCGUCCCAUCAGCCACUGGUCAGCACAUCACCUGCCAGGGCAGCAGCGGCACUGACAGAGGAGCCUGUUGGGUCACCUUCAGUCAUCAAUGGGGCUCAGGUUCGAAGGUACCCUACACGUGUGCGACAUCCACCAGAACGUUUCCAAAGUACAUAGAAGUGUUGUGUGGUAAAAGAAAAAAUAGAAAAAAAAGAGAAGUGUGCUACCAGUGAAAGCUUUAGUGUUUUGGUGGUUUAGAAAUAACUCAUUUUUUGUGCAUGUCAUAACAAUAUUUAGACUGAAAGUGCGAGGUGCCCACUUAUAGUAUUUUCUCCUAUUAUGUACGGAUUGUACUUCGUUGUUAAGGGGAAGGAAAUGUGGUGUUUGUUUUGUUGGCGCUUCGCCGAGCUGGUCAGUUGCGCGUGCAUCGCGUGGACACUUCGUCAUCUAUCUUCGUUCUGGGCAGCAGCCCUGUUUUGCUGUAGCCGCAUGUUUCGACUUGUGCAGAAAUAAAGCUACGUUAACCUUUUGGA